GUCAGUCUUGACAGACACUACCCGCAAAUGCUGGUUAUACAUUUGUUUGUUAUCAAAAAUAUCAAUUUUUUAAACAAUUCACACGUGAAAAUCAACGGAAACAGACACUGUAUCAUUGUCUGAAUGUAAUAAAACAGAAAUCACUUGAAUGUGAUUGUAAAAACAAAAGAAAAACGCGUUCUACGGUUACGUCACUAGGCCAUUUUGUAUUUGGUGAAAUCUUUGUUCGCGAACGGGUGAAAAUAAAAGGUUUUUCGUAAACCUCGUGUUCUUGUUUUAAAGUGUUUACAUAAAAUUCAUCAAAAUUCCGGUGCCUACGAGAAAUAGGGAUCCCGGCCAUUACGGUAACGGUGACAUGAACAACAAAAGGAAAAAUCGAGGAGGCCCUGUAAGGGCCCAAAGAACGAGAUCUGUAGCAGUAGAAGGUGUCUACAAUAAUGCUCAUUUCAUGCAUGCUGCUACUAGCCAAAUAGGCAAUAUAGUUCGUAUUAAAACAGCCUCAGGAUCAGUAUGGGAAGGUGUAUUUAAGACGUUCUCAAGCAGUUUUGAGGUAGUGCUAGAGGUGGCAGCCAAAGUAGAUAAUCCCGAAGGGCCCAAUUCCCAGAUACAGGCCGAGACAUGCGUAGAGAAGCUCAUUUUUAAGCCUAAUGAUAUUCUAACAAUGGUGGCGAAAGACGUAGAUCUAGAUUACCCCACUCGUGAUACGUUUCAAACCGAUACUGCCAUAUCUGCACGACUCAACGGUACCGCUAAGCUGGAGGAGAGGGAACUGGAACCAUGGGACUCGGGCGUGAACGGCGCCGACAUGCCCUUAGAAUUGGAUGCCGCCAAUGGGUGGGACGCCAACGACAUGUUCAAGAAAAAUGAACAGGAGUACGGGGUACAAAGCACGUUCGACCAAUCCCUGAGGGGCUACACGGUGCCGCUCCAGCAAAGCGACACUGCCGAUUACAAAGAGGCAGAGGCCAAAGCUAAUCUGAUCGCCAGCGAGAUAGAGAACCAGCCCACGCACAAGGCGAGGCUGGAGCUGGAGAACGGCGACGAGGAGGCUGCCUACGCGGCGGUCGUCCGACCUCAUCAGGAUUCUAACGCCAACGGAAAAUAUAUACCUCCAGCGAAAAGAAAGAGUCAGAACAAUGGAAAACUAGUUAGAAGUACGCCGCCACCUAGUCAGAGCAGUAGUAGUCAAAAUACACCCUCCCCAAAAGAAACUAGGCCUCCCGUUAACUACCCCAUGCAUCCCUCUCCGCAUCAGAACAGUGUACACGUUCAGCAAGCGCCCCACAACCAACAGCACAUCCACAACGCCAACAUGCAUCCCCCCCAGAUGCCCAUGCAGCAACAGCCGCAACAGAACGCCAUGCCGAACCAUGGCCGGCCCCACUCCCAUACGCCUCCCCACCAAUACCAGCCGGCUGUCCAGGUCCGACAGGCUCCUCCGAUUCAGCAGCAGCCACACGCCUCCAAGCCUCAGAUGAACGGGGAGGCCAAGCCCAUGCCUCAACGUCAGCAGCGAAACGCUUACAAUCAGAACCAGCAGCAGUACCAGCACGAUAUCAAGAGUCAGGAAAUGGUGAACGUUUCUAAUCACCCCCCGAGGCACAGGGAUGAUACCGUCAAGGAUCUGCACGCUUUCUCGCAGGAUUUCAAGCUGGUGUCCGGGCCAAACGAGCAGCAGCAGGUGCAGGGGCCUCCGCCAGUCAUCGAACAGGUUCCACAAGUUCAACCACCAAUACCCCCAUCAAAUAAACCCCCUCAACAGGCAUCACCCCCACAACCCCAACAGUCGAUAUCGCCCCAGCAAGAAAAUAUCGAAAAAGUGACACACGCUGUAAAGAAGUCGACCCUAAAUCCAAACGCUAAGGAGUUUGUUUUGAAUCCAGCAGCUAAACCUUUCCAACCUAGAUCACCAAGUACACCCUCUGCUAGUAGACCGCACACUCCUCAGACCCCGAGUCAUAGCCCCUACAUCCCGACUACAAUGAACGGUCCCGGAGUACAACCGCAGAUGCCCGUCAUGAUGUACCAUGUGAUGACGAGCCAGCCGCAGUACCAGGCACCGCCGCAGGGCAGCAGAAUCAAACGAAUACCAAUGAGCCAGAUGCGCACCGACAUGGCCUCGCAGAUGCAAGUCGCCGCCGCCACCGGCCAGCCCCUGCUGGCGCCAGCCCCCCUACAGCAAUUCAUCUACCCGCCUAGCAUGAACCAGGCCUACCAGCCCAUGCCGGCAGCGGUCCGCAUGUACGACACCUCCCCCCAAAUACAAUACCUACCGCCUAACCCCCAUCAAUCACAGACCCCCUCUCCCGCUCAACCACCGCAAUACAACCCGGCGCAGGGACCCCAGGCACCGCCGCAGCCCUGCCAGGCCGCCCCGCCGCCGCAGGGUCACCCGCAGUUCCCCCUCAUGUACCCCUUAAUCCCGGCCCAGCCGCACAUGAUGCAGAGCAUGCAGUAUCUGCAGCAGGCGCCCCCACCCCCACAGCACCCCAUGCCGGUGCUGAUGCACCAACAUCCCGGACAAGGUAACCACCACGGGCCCAAUCCUUAGCGGUAAGCCCGGCCGUUUUGUUAGGUAAAUUUUAAUAAUCCUGUUUUCGCCCCUCUUGGUCUUUUUGUUUCCUUUUUACAUAAAAAGAAGGGAGGCGGAGCGUUGGCGUUGCAGAUUUUUUAUUUUUAUUUUUAUUUUUUGUUAUUUAUUUGUGUAGAUAUUGUUCUACUUGGAGUUAAGGUGUGAUGCAGCUUAUGCGUCUUUUGUACAUAUAUUUUUUUCGUGGAGCCAUCCUUGUGUCUUUUUUACCUGAAAUUGAAAUGUUUUCAGGUUUUACCAUGAAGUGAUUAACUCCAAAGCGGUGGUUCUGACGUAACUUUUUUAAUAAGAUAUAUCAGUGAUUUUUUUUAUCCAAAAGUCAAUAUAAUUCUAAUUUAUCGUCCCUAGAAUGCCUCUCUACCAAAUUUGAACAAAAUGUCUUUAAAAGUACUCGAGAUACGGUUCCCAACAUUUUUUUAUUUUUGUGUAACUGUUAAGUUCUAUACUAUUGAACUUAAAUAAACUUUUCCUUUUGCUUUUUGUUUUUUUUUAUAAAACUGCAAUUCUGGAGUAGGUAAUUUUUUUUUUAUCUAGUUGGUAAUAAAAAUUUAGCAUGGAAACUGCCCCUAACAUUUUCACACUUAUUGAAAAUAUUCAUAACAAAAAUACGUGAUAGAAGAACAAAGAAAAUAAUAUAACAACGUUAAAUAAUUCUCUCUAUAUCAGCUAUUCAACGUCCUUUUUUAUGCAUUCUUCAAACCCUUCACCACUUUUUACACACUGCGUUAUUUUAUUUUCUAAGUCCUCCCUAAUACGAAGUUUGUCCUUUUUUAAUAGUGUUGCAGAAAUGGAGAUAUUAGUUAUUUAAUGUUGUAAGUUUGUUUCUUAAUGAAAAUAUUUUUAAUAAUGUGAAUAUAUUAAGAAAUAUAUGUUCCGACACUGAUCUUUUUAAAAGUUAGAAAAAAGUCUUCAAGAAUUUGAUGAGAUUUGAUGAAACAAAAAGUAAAAGGAAAAGCUUAUGUACCAUAUCUAUAACGGUUAUACUAAAUUAAAGAAACUAAACAUUUGGUUAUUCAUAUCUUGAGCACAUUUAAAGAAUUUUUUUUAAUUUGGUUUCUAUAACUUUAAUAUAAAAAAAACGCUUAUAUUUUUUAAAAGUCCGCCAAAUUUUUAAUUUAGAACCCGACGCCUAUGGCCAAAAUCAAAUGUGGUAAUACCAGAAGUUACAUUGCUUGGCAGGUAAUUAUUUUAUAACAAAAAGUCAAAAUGUUUGAAUUUAAAAUAACCGAGAUAUAAGAGUGGCUCCAUAAAAAGGGAGACAAGUUAUACUUAUAUCAUAUUUUUACUAUUAAGUUGCUUCGGCCCUGAAAAAUGUUCUUAUUUUUCGUAAAAACACUGCAUCAUAUUUGAAUAACUCGCAAAAAAUAUGCGUUAGUAAAUUUAUUGAUUGAUUUUAUAUAAAUUAAAGGUAUUGUAUAUAAUUCUUCCCUGUAUAUUUCUAGCAAAGAAAAUAUUAAUUUAAAAUAUUGCGAUUGAAAUUGAUUACAAUUUUUUUUUAAAUAAACACGAAUAUCGUAAGAUACUUGUCAUUACAUUUACUUUUGUUCAUUGCCGUUUUUAAAUAUCAAAGUUAGAUUUUCUACGAAAUCGGGAAGCGAAAUAUUUAAAACGAGUAAUCGCGCCUUAAUUUUAACGUACAACAUUACUCAAAGUAGAUCUGAGGUAGCUUAAUUGUGAAAAUUCUGCGACGUCGACCAUCGGCCUUUGCCCACUGUUUGUAACACCCCUUUCCAAAAUUUGUUAUUUUUUUUUGUUAUAUUCUUUUAAUUUUGUUAAUUGUUAUUUUCUAAAGAUAGAAAAAGGUUCCCCCAAAUAUUUAGGCCACUUCAGUUGUUAGGCAGGUGGGAGAUUGGUAGUUUUCGUGUACGAUUUUUCUAGCUGCAUUCUUCCUAGACAGUCAAUAUGCAAAAUGUUGAGUGAAGUAUUAUUAAGGUACGCAAGAAUUGUAUACGGAAACCGGCUUCCCACUUGCACCUAAAAAAAAA